AUGAGUGGGCGGGUUCGAAGGCACAGCUUGGUGGUGGGCGAGCGCGGACCGGAGGGAAUCGAUGCAGCUACCAGCGCUUCUGAGGGCAACACAUCUGCAACCUUGCACGGUUCGGCGGCAACCGAAGAGAACGACGCUUUAGCUCUAAAGUGCAUUGAGGUGCUUCUUGCGCGCGAGCACCUGUUUACGUAUCCUGCUGACUAUGAGCCGCCUCUGGUAGACUCGGAGCAGUACCGUAGACGCUGUUUGCAGGUUCAGCGCUCGGUCAGUUUCGUGCGGCGUUUGCGCAUUUCGGAGGAAGUGGCGGGCCUUUCGGUUGCAUUCUACGACCGCAUACAUAGUGAGGUGCUCCCAGCAACUUUGGAAACCAGUAUCACCGACGAGGUAUGGGGAGCAGCGUCGCUUGCGCUCGCUUGCGAGGCCCGCGAGCUACCGGCCGCGCUCGUCGUUAUUCUGCUCGCUGGCGACGAUCGAGCGAAAUCGCUUCGUAUCUGGGAAGCAAAGCAGCGCCUACGAGCGCAUCUAAACUGGCGUAUUGAAAUGGUCACGCCAUACCAGUACAUUCGAGCCAUUCCGAGAGCUCCCACGCACGUGCGAAUACUCGCGAGUGGUAUCGUGACCCUAGCGUUGACGGAUGUGCAGCUCAUCAGACAGCUUCCGUCGCGCAUUGCCGCAGCGGCUGUUGCAGUAGCUUUUAUCAUCUUCGACGAAUUGCAUGAAGCGGUUGAGCGAAGCAUGGAGGAGCAGCUGCGUGUGCAUGCGCUCGAACGCUUCACGCCAUUGAGGACGAGCCCGCGCUCGCCUGGCCAGCGCGAGACGGUCGCCACGACGCCCGCCGGGUCGUGUCCCCUGAUGAAUCCCCAGACGCUUGACCUGGAGCUCAUGCGUAGACUUUUGCGCAUAUUUUUCUUCAGUGAGGCUCCGGACAUUGCGGGUGGAGUUUUCUCACUCAGUUCUUUGUCAGAGACCAGUACAUGA